AUGCCUAGAGACAAGUCAUCGUGGCAGCCGCUACAAAGGCGCCAGAAAGCCGUCAAGCAGAAUAAAGGUCCUAUCCCGCUCCCGACCGAGAAAGGAUACCAACAAGAUAAUGCUAUUUCAACCACUCUUCAACAGUCUCUGCUGAAUGUCUUCCGUGAUGCUUGUAACAAGGGUUCGCCCGCAGAGAUUGAAGACAUUCUGCAAGAAGUAAAAGGUCACCUCUUCAACCGCGACUUUGCCACAGCAUUCGGAAAAGAGGAUUACCUCGAGGCUUAUGCUGCAAGAUGGAGUCCAAGCAGAGCAUUGGGUUAUGCUCAAAUUUUCUCCGAUCUUUCUCCUGAGAUAGCCGACCUACUCUACCGCAAGCCAUCAGCCAACAAAGAGACGAACAACGAUGGAUCAGCUCUGUCUGAACAGCUCGAAAAGCAAUUGACCCUGGAGAUCACCACAGAUUCAUCUAAGCCUCUCAGCAUCCUCUGUCUAGGUGGCGGUGCAGGUGCCGAGGUUGUGGGCUUAGCUGGCUGGUUCAGAUAUCUCAGAGACAAUACACCUUCUGCUGACGAUGAACCGCAGCCCAACAUCUCGAAGCUUGAUAUCCACGGUGUUGAUGUUGCCAGCUGGGAUAAGGUCAUGCACGACCUUCAUCAAGGCGUCAUAACUCCUCCCUUCUUGUCAAACUAUGCUUCCGCUGCUGCAAAGGCUGCCAACAAGGCUGUACUACCCUCCGAGGUAUUCAGCACGCGCUUCAAGCAACAGGAUCUGUUGGACACCGAUGCAGCAGGAAUCAAGAAUCUCAUUGCGGACAGCGAUAUCGUCACUAUCAUGUUCACUUUGAAUGAGCUGUACAGUGCUUCGGUAGCCAAGACUCAGAGGCUUCUGUACGCUUUGACGGCUCAUAUGCGCCCUGGUUCAUUGUUGCUCGUGGUAGAUAGCCCCGGAAGCUAUUCUACCGUCACACUCAACGGAGCCUCGCAAAAGUACCCCAUGCAAUGGCUUCUUGACCACACUUUGCUAUCGCCAAAGAAGGAUUCCGAGAAGGGUGCACCCAAUCAGUGGCAGAAGCUGUUGUCUGACGAAUCAAGAUGGUUCAGACUGCCUGAUGAGGAUCUGAAAUAUCCUAUUGACCUGGAGAACAUGCGUUACCAGAUCCAUCUCUACCAAAGACAUGAUGAUACUAAGAUCGAGGUCGAGGAGAAGCAAGAGUAA